AUGCCAAAGGCUAACGGCCCCUUGCGGGCCUCCGCGACAGAACGCAAACAUAUGCCCCUCGCUGAUGACAUCCUUUCAACCGGCCACUUGCGCACAAAGUCAGGCAAGCGAAAAUCCCGAUCAGACGAAAAAGAUGGAGACGAUUAUCUCGGCUCAAAGACAACCAAGAAGAUCCUGCAAAUUAGCCAGGAUCUUGCGGAGGAAGAUGCUGCAGAAUCCCGUGCUACUAUAGCUGCUUCCGAGUUGAAGACAAACACAGCUUUUGAUUUUGGGUCCCGAUUUGGCCCAGAGGAAGACGAGAGAGAAGAUGAUGGGGAUCAAUAUGGGGAAGACGAGUGGGCUGACGUCGAAGAAGAAGUUGAAGAAGCGGAAGUUGAUCCCAAUGACCUUGACAUGUUCCAUAAAUUCGUCCCCCGCGGUGAAGAGGAUCCGAUAUUCAACCCCCGCAAUCCGGAUGAUCAAGAGCAAGGACAAGGCACAAACCUGGCAGAUAUGAUUCUCGAGAAAAUAGCAGCGUAUGAGGCUCGACAGGGGGACCAGCCUCAAAUUAUUGGAGGCGGUGAAAUGGAAAACGCUGUUGAGCUCCCUGCAAAAGCCGUAGAGGUCUAUCAAAAGGUAUGUACAAAGCAUCCCCCUCCAAAAAAAAAAAAUACUGAAAUAAUUCUUAACGAAUGGCUUAGGGUCGGCUUCCUCCUCUCCCGCUACAAAUCUGGGCCCCUUCCCAAACCAUUCAAGAUCCUCCCAACCCUACCACAAUGGCAAACGCUCCUCGAAAUCACCCAACCAGGAAACUGGACCCCAAACGCCAUUUACGCCGGCACCCGCAUCUUCAUCUCCUCGAAACCUGCCGUCGCCCAAGAAUACAUAAACACCGUCCUCCUCGACCGCGUCCGCGACGACAUCCACGAAACCAAAAAACUACACGUGCACAUCUACAACGCCCUGAAAAAGGCCCUUUACAAACCCUCCUGUUUCUUCAAGGGCUUCCUCUUCCCCCUCGUCCAAUCGGGAACCUGCACACUGCGCGAAGCCCACAUAAUUUCCAGCGUCAUCACCCGCGUCUCGAUACCAGUUUUGCACUCCGCUGCCGCCCUCCUGCGCCUCUGCGACAUGGCUGCGGAGAAGACCGCAUCCGCCCUCUCCUCCGAAGGCACAGGUGCCCUAAACGUGUUCAUCCGCGUCUUUCUCGAGAAGAAAUACGCACUUCCAUAUAAAGUCAUCGAUGCUCUCGUGUUUCAUUUCCUCCGUUUCCGCGCUACAGAUCCUCUCCCACAGGAUGGCAGCGGUACGGGCGCCGAUACGGCUACGACGGAUGCUUCUGCGGCAAAGAAUUAUAAAUUGCCUGUCCUGUGGCAUCAGUCGCUACUAGUCUUUGCGCAGCGAUAUCGGAAUGACAUCACGGAAGACCAGCGCGAGGCGUUGCUGGAUCUGCUGCUGGUGAGGGGUCAUAAGGACAUUGGUCCGGAGGUGCGGAGGGAGUUGUUGGCUGGGAGGGGGAGGGGGAUUGUGUUACUUAAGGGUGAGGGUGGUGAGACACUGGGGAAUGGAGGCGAUGAUACUAUGGAUGUGGAAAUGUGA